UACCGCCUGUAGUACCGCCUGUAGUACCGCCUGUAGUACCGCCUGUAGUACCAGCAGCGCAGAUCUCUUGUCUGGACUUUGGAAAUAACUUUGGUUCUUGGAUUCCUUCUGUUGACCCGGGAGAAUUAGUGUAGAGGCCAGAUUGAAAAUAUGCCUUCAUGACAAAGUCUCUACAAAGCUGCUCCCAUCUUGGCUUUAAGAUAAAAAGAUGGCCUAUCACAAAGUGAAUGCAGACCAGAGAGCACAGGGGCACUCUCCAUACCUUGACAACGAUGAGCUCCAAGCCACAGCGUUGGACCUGGAGUGGGACAUGGAAAAAGAGCUGGAGGAGCCUGGCUUUGACCAUUUCCGACUGGACAGCGCAGCCCAGCACCACCUGGGGAACUCACAGAGCCCUGACCUCGACCUGGAGCCCAUCCAGCCUUCCUCUUCCCCACAAGGGAGAUUCCAGAGGCUCCAGGAAGACCCUGACUACAUCUCCCACUACACGAGACAGGCACCAAAGAGCAACCGCUGCAGCUUUUUUAGGAUACUGAAAGUAUUUUGCACUGCUUUGAUUUUAUUUAUUUUUGGAAUUGUAAUAGGAUAUUAUGCACGCAAGAAAUGCCCUUCUCCCCCAACAUCUCAAGAACCAAAUAAUCCUCAAAUCUACCAUGAAAUUCUCAAAGAAAUCAAAGCUGAAAAUAUUAAACAGAUUUACAGAGAUUUGUUAGAGUUCCCCAGAGAAGAUGAUGCAGAGCUUGCAAUGAAAAUCCUGGGUCAGUGGCGUUCCCAAGGCCUGGAAGAUGUCCGGCUGGUGAAUUACUCCGUUCUGCUUGACCUGCCAGGCCCUUCUUCAAACACAGUAACUCUGCAGAACAGCGGGGAAUGCUUUUAUCCAAGUGGACAACAGUGCAGCAGAGACCCCAAAACACUUGACAGCCAAGACCUCCUGUACUCAUACGCAGCUUAUUCUGCCAAAGGAACUCUUGAGGCAGAGCUUGUUGAUGUCCAGUAUGGGACCAUGGAAGACCUGAUCCGGGUUCAAGCCAUCACAAACGUGACCAAAAAAAUUGCACUUUUGAAGCUUGGACAAUCACCUUUGCUUUAUAAGCUUUCUCUGCUGGAAGGUGCAGGGUUUGGUGGUGUUCUUGUUUACACUGAUCCUUGUGACUUGCCAAAGACUGCAGACCUUGCUGAUAAAGAUUUUGUGGUCUCCUUGAACAGCGGGGGAGAUCCAUCCACACCUGGUUAUGCCAGUAUUGAUGGAAGCUACAGGCAGAAUCGACUGAACCUCACAGCGCUGUUGGUACAACCAAUUUCUGCACUGCUUGCCAGAAAACUUGUUUCCCUGCCUGAGGACACUGCCCAAAAAGACAGGUGUACACCCCUCCAACUGCCAGCUGCAGGCAAAAAAAUAAUCAGUCUGAACAUUCAGUCUGUCACAACUUACAAGACAAUUUCUAAUGUCAUUGGAUAUCUAAAAGGAGCUGUGUUUCCUGACAGAUACGUCAUCAUUGGUAGCCAUCACAGCAGUUUGAAGGGUUAUGGUGGGCAAGGCUGGGCCAGCAGCACUGCUGUGAUCACAGCCCUGCUCCAAGCCCUGAUGCCAGAGGUGAAGAGGGGCUGGAGGCCUGACAGGACCCUGCUCUUCUGCUCGUGGGGAGGAACAGCCCUGGGGAACGUUGGCUCCUACGAGUGGGCUGAGGAUCUCAGGAGCGUUCUUCAAAGAAAUGUUGUGGCCUACAUCAGCCUCCAUAAUCCAGUCACAGGCAACUCAACUUUACGGCCCGUGGCAUCCCCUUCUCUUCAGCAGCUGGUAGCAGAGAGCCAGAGCUUCAGCUGUGUGGAAAAGGCUAGAUGUCCAGGAUCCAAUGUGAGCUCUGUGCAGAUACAGGGAGAUUCAGAUUAUUUCAUCAACCACCUCGGAGUACCUGCCACACAGUUUUCCUAUGAGGACAUCAAAGCAUCAGAGAAUUCCAGCUUUCUCUCUGAAGCUCUUUUUCCUGUACAUGCAACAAAAACUGAAGAGCUGGAUCCCUCCUUCAGCCUACACGAGACCAUUGCAAAGCUAACAGGACAAGUGACUUUGCAAAUUGCCACAGAUCCAGUUUUGCCGUUUAAUGCCCUCGACAUCGCGUUAGAAGUUCAGAACAGUCUAAAAGGUGAUGAAGCAGGCAUCCCUCAGCUGCUGGCAGUGGCAUCACGUCUGAGGGACACGGCGGAGCUGUUCCAGUCGGACGAGAUGCGCCCGGCCAAUGACCCCAAGGAGCGAGCUCCUGUCAGAGUCAGGAUGCUCAAUGAUGUGCUACAAGGCUUGGAGAAAAGCUUUCUGCUUCAUCAAGCUCCUCCAGGACUUUACAGAAAUAUUCUUUACAGACUGGAUGACAGGACCAGCCAGUUUUCAGUACUGCUGGAGGCACUGGAGCACUGCAAACUACAUCAGUCAAAUGAGACUGUUCAAGCAGCCUUGUCAGAGGUGCUGAACAGCAUCAAUUCAGCUCAGGUUUACUUCAAAGCAGGACUUGAUGUGUUUGAGACUGCCUUAGCUGGAAAGAAAUGAGAGGAUUCUCUGCAUUCUAAGACAUUUGUUUACAACUCUCUAAACAAAAGUUCAGUUCGACUUGGACCAGAAUUGCUCUGAGGAUCAAACCUUUCUCAGCCUUUCCUUCAGCUGGCGCUUAAAGGUACUGCAACACGUGGUUUAAGAAAUGUAAAACAGUAUUUUGCACUGUUCACAAUAUAUCUCAAAUGCCUGUUCCUGAAUGUAUAAAACCUAAAGAGAGGGAAUAACACUUCAGAGAUGAUUUUUGGAAGGACAUCUGCUGUAUUUUUGUAUGUAAAAUAUGUUUUUAUGACUAAGAGCUCAAUCAUGCGAAGUACCAAGCACGUCUUGCGAUGUGCUGAAGCCCUGGUUCUGAGACACCCCAGAGGUGCACUCAGGGGAGAUCUCCUCUGUCAGAAAAACCUGACUCAAGUUCCUUAAUGUUUUCAGCAAGUUCAUCUUCUUCCUUACUCCAUUCAGAGUAAGUAUUUGAAGGAUGUGGUGUUUCCAUGGGCAUCCAGCACCGGAGAGGAAGUGCACAGAACACCUUUACGGGUACAAUCCAACUUUACCCUGUGGAACAAUAAAUACCUCAGUUCUGAGAAUACAGAUAAACUUUGAUUCUUCCAUUUCUGUAUGAAAAUAAAGAGUUGUUUUCUCUGA